GCAGAGGGAUCUUGGGAAGAGGAAUAUCCAGCGAAACGUUAGGAGGAUUUAAACAUGAGAAGGAGCUGGCAGCCGGGGACGCCUUUCCACCGAGAGCAAUACCACAGUGGAGCUAUGGGCAAAGCGGUUCUCCCAGUUGCAGAGGCCGAGGCAGGGUUCCCGAGCCAUCUCUGUGCAGCGAUGAUGAGCUGGCAGCUUGCCUGCAGGGCUUGGACAUGGGGCGAGGCUCGCUGGGGAAGAGCAGACUCCUUCCCCCCUCAGCUGUGCUCGCAGCAGGGGACCAGCGGUUCUCUCCUGCUCCGGAUGUUGCAGCAGCCAAGGGAAUGGAAAGCUAUGGGGAGCCCGUUAUGACAAGGGGGUCAUCUGGAACGGCCAUACCUCUGGCAGUAAACCAUGUCAAGAUAUACUGCAGAAAUGAAGCUGUAUAUCAAUACCAUGUCACCUUCAGCCCUGAUGUAGAAUGUCGGAAUAUACGCUUUGGAAUGUUGAAGGAGCAGCAGGCGGUGACAGGGCGAGCCACCGCGUUUGAUGGAGCCAUACUCUACCUGCCUGUGAAACUACCAGAGGUAAUCCAUCUCAAAGCAGAAAGAAGAACAGAUGGUGCGGAGGUGGACAUUAAAAUCCAAAUGACCAAGAUCCUGCAGCCAAAUUCUAAUCUCUGCAUUCCCUACUACAAUGUGAUAUUCAGAAGAGUGAUGAGAAUUCUGGAAUUAAAGUUAAUUGGAAGAAAUUUCUACGACCCAACAAACGCUAAUGUUCUCCCUCAGUACAGGCUACAGAUAUGGCCUGGCUAUUCUGCCAGCAUCCGUAGGACAGAGGCAGGAUUGAUGUUACAGGUCGAUCUAUCCCAUAAAGUAAUCCGCAAUGACUCUGUCAUUGACAUGAUGCAAGCUUUGUACCAGAAGAGCAGUGAGAACUUCCAGGAUGACUGCAUGAAGGAGCUGGUGGGCAGCAUCAUCAUGACCAAGUAUAACAACUGCACCUAUCGCAUUGACGACAUCGACUGGCACAAGGCUCCGACCAGCUCCUUCCGCAUGGCGGACGGGAGCGACAUCACCUUCUGUGAAUAUUACAGGAAAAACUAUGGGAUUAGCAUCCAGGAUCACAACCAGCCUCUCCUGGUACAUCGGCCGAAACAGAAGCUAGGGUCACAAGGACAGUUAAUCGAGAAUGAAAUUCUUCUGGUGCCUGAGCUGUCCUACAUGACUGGCAUACCCGAGCCGAUGAGGAAGGAUUUCCGUGCAAUGAGGAAUCUGACUGCAGAGAUAAACCUCAACCCAGAGCAGCACCAACUGGCCCUUCGAAAACUCCUGAAUGACAUCAAGAAAAGUGGCGAUGCGCAGGAGCAGCUGGGCCUCUGGGGUCUCCUCAUUGACGAUGAUAUCCAUAAGACGGAGGCAAGAGUGUUGCCCCCUGAGAAGAUCAUCGUCCGGCACAAGUCAUUUCCUAGCGGGCCUGAUGUUAACUGGACUAAAGAGGUUUCACGGGAGAAAGUCAUCUCGGCGAUUCCAAUGCAUUGCUGGACGCUCUUUUGCUCGAAGCAAAAUGCAACACGUGCGAAGGACCUGAUCAGCUGCAUGUCGAAGGUGGCGGAGCCCAUCGGGAUGACUGUCCUGCAGCCUGCCUACGUCGAGCUGAAGGACGACAGGACCCAGACCUACAUCCGGUCCCUUCAGUCACACCUGGAGAGCAACACGUCGGUUAAGAUAGUGGUGUGUCUUGUGACUGGUACCCGGGAUGACCUGUACCACGCCAUAAAGAAAUUGUGCUGUGUCCAAUCUCCAGUCCCCUCGCAGGUAAUUAAUGUGCGGACUAUCUCUCAGACUGCACGAAUGCGAUGCAUCUGUCAAAAGAUCCUCCUGCAGAUUAAUUGUAAACUGGGUGGAGAGCUGUGGGGCGUGGACAUUCCACUGAAACAGCUGAUGGUGAUAGGAAUGGAUGUGUACCAUGACCCCGUAAUGGGGAAGCGUUCUGUUGUUGGAUUUGUUGCCAGCUUAAACAAAGCAAUGACCAAGUGGUUUUCCAGAGUGGCUUUCCAGAUGCCCAAUCAGGAAAUCAUCGAUGGCUUGAAGAUCUGUAUGGUGGCAUCCUUAAAGAAAUAUUACGAGAUCAACCACUGCCUGCCUGAGAAGAUCGCUGUGUACCGGGAUGGCGUGUCCGAUUCGCAGCUGAGCACGGUGACAGAUUACGAGAUUCCACAGCUUCUGAAGUGCUUUGACGUGUUCAGUGAUUACCACCCCAAGAUGAUGGUGAUCGUGGUGCAGAAGAGGAUUGGCACCAAACUGUACGCAGUGUCGGGGUCGGGGAGACUGAGUAUCCCGCCUCCCGGCACUGUGCUGGACCACACCGUCAGCACAAAGGAAUGGCCUGACUUCUUCCUGAUGGCACACACUGUUCACCAGGGUUGUGGAAUCCCCACGCGCUACAUCUGUGUAUUUAACAGUCUGAACCUCAGCCCUGACCACAUUCAGAGGCUCACCUUCAAGCUGUGCCACAUGUACUGGAACUGGUCGGGUACCAUCCGGGUGCCAGCUCCCUGCAAGUACGCCCACAAGCUGGCCUUCCUGUGCGGCCAGUCCCUGCACCAGGAGCCGUCUGCCAUGCUGUCCGAACUGCUGUUUUACCUGUGACGGCCUGUGCGGCAAUCGCUGCGACUGAGGGUGGUGGCCCAUCACACGGAGCGAUGCGAUGCGAUGCGGACUGGAGCCCUGGUCAAGGUGCGACGUGGGCUUGUUUUCCACCCAAAACAUUUAUUUGCUUAUUUUUGGCUGCAGAAAUAUGGUUGACUUUAAAAUGUCUUUGUUUCCCCGAGUAACGCCGGAUUAGAAGGAAAUGACAGGGCAAGCUGGUGAGGAAACCAAACACAAUGACUAGCCUGAAAGAAACAGUGUAUUUUUACUUGGAAGAUAAGUAUUGCCUGUGAAAAUCAGUGCUGCUCAUGGACUCCACCCAAGCAACAGACUCAAAUGUGGCUCGUGUACAAGUUUCUGCACUGAGUGCUUGUACUGACAGCCUCGUGAUCCCAGUGCGAGCCACAGUGACAUAGCUGGUAGAGCCACUCCCUACACGGCACCAGAGAUCCUGGUUUGAUCCCGACCUUGUGUGCUGUCUGUGUGGAGUUUGCACGUUUUCACUGUCACCGCGUGCGUGGGUUUCCUCCGGGUGCUCUGGAUUCCUCCCACAUCCCAAAGACCUGCGGGUUUGUAGGUUAAUCGGCCCUCUGUAAAUUGUCGCCUAGUGUGUAGGGAGUGGGUGGGAAAGUGGGAUAGCAUCAAACUAGGGUGAGCGGGUGAUCGCUGGUUGGUGUGGACUCAUAGGCAGCAGGCCCCAUGUCCAGGCUGUAUCUUUCAAUCAAAAUUUCAAUUCAAUAGUCCUACCUUGUACUGGGCAACAUGCUGUCUGUGGCGGAAACCAUGAGCAGUUUAAACCUUCCGAUCCUAGAACAGUCCCUCUCGCUGAACCCUCCAGAACGCUCACAUUUUCAUUUCAUUACAGAUAUAUCAAGCGAGACCCACACGACUAAGGAACAUAUCGAUGCUGCUUCUCAAAUCUAUUUACAAGGUACCUGCUCCAUCUCUGAAGACCAUAAGACUUUGGAGCAGUACUGGGCAAUUCAUCCCAGUGAUUCUCCUCUGCCAUUCAAUCAUGGCUGAUCUAUUUUUCCUCUCAACCCCAUUCUCUUGCCUUCUCACUGUAACUGUUGACACCCUUACUAAUCAAGAACCUAGCAAUCUCUCCUUAGAAAUAUCCAAUGACGUGGCCUCCACAGCCUUCUGUGGCACUGAAUUCCACCGAUUCACCACCUUCUGGCUAAAGAAAUUGCUGCUCAUCUCCAUUUUGAAGGUUCCAAAGGCUUUCACGCCUUGGUUCCAUGAUUCCUCGUCGUCUUGUCUGAGUGCGUCUCACUCGCUGGUUUUGAGAUCUUACACUGACCUCCCCAGCAGUGUAUAUGGUGCAGAGGUUGGGGGUUCCAUCAGUGAGCUUUACUAGUGUGUAGCAUCAGUGUUGUGAUGUGAUCACAACGAGCGGUAGACCAGCUCGCCGGCUGUCCACUCCCUGCACCCCACCCCGUCUCCCCACAGCCUGACCUGC